UUUCUCUGUUUCUGAACGAAUAGAUUCGUGUCAUCGCAUAGUUGUUUAUAAUUUGGGAAGCUUGGGUUUCAUUAAUGAAAUUUAAUGAUAACAAAAACUAAAAAUGAGUGAAAAACUAAAAGAAUUACGUGAACGAUCACAAAAACGCAAGAAAUUGUUGGCACAAACUCUUGGUGUUUCAAGUGUGAGUGAGUUGAGGCAGGCUUUAGGAGCUACCUUAGAUGUUCCGGCAAAGAAACAAGCGGUUCCUGGUGGUGGAAAUGAGGGAGGUGACAAACCAGUGGCCAAGGAUCAACCAGAUGAACUGGUUUACACCGAUUCUUCUACUUUCUUGAAGGGCACUCAAUCAUCAAACCCUCACAACGACUACUGCCAGCACUUCGUAGACACCGGACAGAGGCCACAGAACUUCAUCAGAGAUGUGGGACUCGCAGACCGGUUCGAAGAGUACCCUAAACUCCGGGAGCUGAUCAAGUUGAAGGAUGACCUGAUAGCGCAGACUGCUACUCCUCCUAUGUAUUUGAAGUGUGAUUUGAAGACAUUUGACCUGAAGCAGAUGGGUAACAAGUUCGACGUGAUCCUGGUGGAACCUCCCCUGGGGUCCGGCUGGCGUUGGCAGGAUGUCCUGGCUCUGGACCUGCAGCAGAUUGCUCAGGCGCGCUCGUUCAUAUUCCUGUGGUGUGGGAGCUCGGAAGGCCUAGACAUGGGCAGAGAAUGCCUCAAGAAGUGGGGCUUCCGUCGCUGCGAGGAUAUUUGUUGGAUUAAAACUAACAUCAAAAACCCUGGACAUUCCAAGAACCUUGAGCACAAUGCUGUGUUCCAGAGGACGAAGGAACAUUGUCUGAUGGGCAUUAAGGGCACAGUCAGGCGGUCGGUGGACGGUGACUUCAUACAUGCCAAUGUGGACAUAGAUCUGAUCAUAUCUGAGGAUCCUGAGUUUGGAAGCAGUGAGAAGCCGAUUGAGAUAUUCCAUAUCAUGGAGCAUUUUUGUUUGGGGAGGAGAAGAAUCCACCUAUUCGGGCGCGACUCCACGAUCAGACCGGGCUGGGUCACUAUAGGCCAUGAGCUGACCAACUCCAAUUUCAACGCGGAACUCUAUGCUUCAUACUUCACGGAGGGCCGGGAGAGUACUGGGUGUACCGAGAGGAUCGAGGCACUCCGUCCUAAGAGCCCUCCCAACACUAGUAAGGGGGCCCGGCCUAGAGGACGAGGGGGAUUUAGGGGGAGAGGUCGAGGAAGGGGAGCGCUAUAGUGCGUUUGGUAGGGGAUAAAACUGGUAGUAUCAUUUUGAAGCUGAAAUGGAUCAAUGAUGGUCUGUGAUCAGAAUAAGGCCUACACAAUGGCGUUUUGAUGAUGAGACUUGGAAUGAUAAUGAGUAAGUGAUGAUUGGGGGAUCCCCUUUUAGUGGGACCGACUCAUGCAGCUGAAAUUAUUGCUGAGUUAGAUUUCUUACUCAAAAUCCAAGGCAGAAGGUUUUACAGGCGUGUAAUGUACUACAUUUUUAUCUUCAGCGAAAAUAGAUUUAUUUUAUUUUUAUACUAGAUAAUGGAUAUAAGAGUUGUAUAGUGACGAAUUUGUAUUGAAACAAAAUUGUUGUUCUGUCAAUAUCAUAAAUAUUACUUGUUGAUAUUUGUUGUUCUAGUAGGUGGGAACCCUGACUGGUUGUUACUUGGCUUGUCUUUUGGUAAAAAUACCGUAAUGUAAGAGCUAAGUUCAAUAAUUGCUUGUACAAUGCACAAAUGUAAUGAAAGCUAAAGACCUAUGUAAGGAUGGUACAAGCUAGCACUCUCUACAGCCAAUUUUCGUCCCUAAGCUAAAUAUUUACCUUACGUAAUAUGAUAGGGCUGAGUGGCUAGAUAGAAUACAACUCCACAGACCAUACACUACAUUUUAAUUAAGGUACCAAGAGCCUCGAUCCUGGAUGAUAGGGUCAAGCGACCUCGAUGCAAAUCAUUUCCAACGGCCUGUCUAAAAGUCAUUGGUGGAGGCCUAUUUACCCGACUGCGCCAGGAGGAGAGUUAUUUCUAUGCAGUACUAUGCAGUGAUGAUGAUGACGGUCAAUCAACACAGCAUGUUAUAAUCAUUUGCUCUAGUACUAAUUUACCCAUUGGUAUUGAACGUAGAUUUAUGCGAGACACAAUGUAUUUUCUAUUAUGUCUCAUAUACCGACAGACAAGAGGUUAAAACUUGAUUACUAUUAUUUAUAGAGGUUUUCAUAAGAAAAUAUAGUAUGCCAAUAAACAACAAUUUGUUGCGAAUAUAAUUAUUUUGAUAUCGUACCAAGUCCAGCAGGGUGUUUGACUAAUUAUAAUGUACCAAGUAUUUAGUUUGUAAGAAUUACAAUGAGUAUUUUGUGUAAUGUGAAAUAAUAAACAUGUUUUGAUGAAAA